UGAUGCUGGAGAUCUACAGCCACCUCAUGUCAGUGGAAGCAGAAUCAGGCUUUGAUACUCCUCGGCUGGGAUUGUCUGAGACUGCACUCUUUCAGACUAACAAGGCAAGUACAGUGAGAAGAGGCGGUUUAUGGUGUUUGAUCUUAGGAGAACAGUGGUGGGGUGCCAACGCUACGAGAAGAGAUCAGCAAAACCGGAUCCCACCCUUGAGUCCUGGUGCUCCCCUCAACGAGAAAACACUGAGCAUAGACAGGGGUAGUGAGUGUAAACAGUCAAGGACAACCAUUCCUUUGGGAACCCACCUUGUUUCGAAAAGUUUAAAGCCAAACCUUGAAGCAAAUAGUAAAAAUCAAAGCAAUGUCAGAAAACAGUUUAACAAUAUUAGCACAACCAAUCACCUCUUCACAGAAGAGUCUAAUGCUGACUGUCCAGUUCCUCACAGAGGAGAGAAGUCCUUCAAAAAUAACCAGUGCAGUCAAGCUCUCAUCUUUAAACGACCAUUUAUACAGCAAGACAUUUACACUCUGAAGAAACUAGAUGAAUGUACUGAAUAUGUAACAAAGGUCUGUGACGGGGCCUCAUUCCAUAAGCAUGAGACAGCUCACACUGGAGAAAGACCUUUCGUCUGUCACAAAUGUGGUACAGCAUUCCUCCUGAAGUCAGAGUUGGCCUCCCAUCAAGGAACUCACAUAGGCGAGAAGCCUUAUGAAUAUUCUGAUUCUGGUAAGUCAUUUAGUCGUGCAUCCAACCUGCAGGUACAUCAUUGAAUUCACACUGGGGAGAAGCCUUAUGAAUGCUCCGACUAUGGAAAAUCAUUCAACAAUACAUCCCAACUGAAGAUACAUUAUUGAAUACAUACUGGUGAGAGACCUUGUGUGUGUCUUUGUGGGAAAACCUUCAAGGAGAAGUCAGAGCUCAGCAUGCACCAGAGAAUUCACAAGGGGAAGAAUUCUCACAAAUGCAGUGACUGUGGGAAAUCAUUUACUUACACAUCUCAAUUGAAGAUGCAUCAUCAGGUUCACACAGGGGAGAAGCCUUACAGGUGCAGGGACUGUGGGAAAUCAUUUACUUACACAUCCCGAUUGAAGAUGCAUCAUCGGGUUCACACAAGGGAGAAACCCUACGUAUGCCCUGAAUGUGGGAAGGGCUUCCACAAUAAGUCAUCGUUGCCUAGACAUCGGAUGACUCACACUAAAGAGAGACGUUUUGUCUGUCACAGAUGCGGAAAGGCAUUCUUUCAGAGGUCACAGCUGACAUCUCAUCAGCAAAUUCACACAGGAGAGAAGCCCUGUGUGUGCAUGGAAUGUGGGAAGGGCUUCUACAAUAAGACAUCUUUGCCUAGACAUCAAAUAUUGCACACUAAGGAGAGACCUUUUGCCUGUCACAAAUGUGGGAAGGCAUUCCUCCAGGAGUCAGCAUUGGCAUCACAUCAGCAAACUCACACAGGAGAGAAACCCUAUGUGUGCCUGGAAUGUGGGAAGGACUUUUAUAAUAAGUCAUCUUUACAUAGACAUCGGAUGACUCACACUAGGGACAAACCUUUUGUCUGUCACAAAUGUGGGAAAGCCUUCUUUCAAAGGUCACAGCUGAUGUCUCAUCAGCAAACUCACAUGGGAGAGAAGCCUUACAAAUGCCUUUACUGUGAGAAAUCUUUCAGUCAUUCGUCCCAACUAACAGUUCAUCAUCGACUUCACACAGGGGGGAGAUCAUACAAAUGCCACUACUGUGGGAAAUCAUUUAGUAUUUCCUCACAACUGAAGGAGCAUCUUCGAAUUCACACAGGGUAGACACCUUAUGCAUGUUCUGAAUGUGGAAAAGCCUUCAGACAAAGAUCAUCCUUCAAUCUACACAUGAAAAUACGUACUGGAGAAAAACAACAUAUAUGUAGUGAGUGUGGGAAAGCCUUCCGUCAGAAAUCAGUACUUAGAACACACCAGAGAAUUCACACUGGGGAGAAGCCUUACAAAUGCAGUGACUAUGAGAAAGCAGUGGCUUCAAAGAGCCAACUCCGAAAUCAUCAGCGAACUCACACAGGUGAGAACCCAUGUGUGUGCACCGAAUGUGGGAAAGGCUUCUACAAUAAGUCAUCUUUACAUAGACAUCAGAUGACUCACACUAGAUCAAGACCUUUUGUCUGUCAUAAACGUGGGAAGGCUUUCCUCCAGAAGUCGGUGUCAAAAUGCCAUCAGCAAACUUACACCUGAGAGAAGCCUUAG